GACGAAAUACUUGACAUACAAUUAUGAAAUAAUAAUGGCCCCUAUAUUACUAAUAGUGUUUUAGGUUCCAAAAAUAUGACCUCUUUAAAUAUUUCCACAAAAGUGACCCAAUACUGAUUAAUUUCCCUUCCCCCAUCCUCCCCUCAAGUGCAGCACCAUACCACCCUUCUAUCGUCUCCCUAUCAUCGUCGCUCACCAACCUUCUCUUUAUCGUCGUUGACCAUCGACUAUCUCUGCAUCGACGACACCUGCCAACCCCCUCGAUCGCCCAUCAUUGCUUUGCACACCAAUUAUCUCUGCAUCAUUCCUGAAGCGCUUUCUUCUUUGUUUCUUCUGGGGGCAGAAACAAUUAAUAUCUUCAGCGACCUCAGGCUCUUCUCCACCGGCUACAACCAAUUGCAGCGGCUAUGGCGGCUUCAAUGGAUUGCGGUUGAAAUAGCGCAGGGGCGGGGAUGGGCGUGGGGAAGGGGCGGCGUAGUGACGAAGCAGGGGUAAGCUAAGGGAGGCCGAAUUGAACUCCAACAACGACCAGAUCUAUGAUUUUUGAAGGAGCUGUCACUUUUUUUAUUGAGGUGAUGUUACUUCAGAAGCUUUGUCCUGAUGGUUAUCACCGUGAGUGAACCUAAAUGCCGCAACGCCGACUGGAGAGUCCCGGAGGAGCGAAAAGUUCCGACGAGCAGUGUCUCUACUGCCGCCGGCUCUGCGCAAAAAAGCCAGACCCGAAGAUUCGGCGCAAUGCCGCGCCUCGCAGGAAGCAGUGUCCGGCACCGGAGCCCUACUCGCCAACACCAAGAGAACCCCAAAUCGGCGGAAAGUCCCUCAUCGCCGUCGAUAAACGGCGUUAUGAGAGUUGAAAUGUCUCAUGAGCCCCUUCAAAGCAGCCAAUAUCUCACAGUCCGAAGCCCCGGCCCCUCUUCUCCUCAGAGCGUCGCCCAGCCCGUCCGCUCCGCCGACGGAACUACCGGCAAAUCCCAAAUUGUCGGGUCCAUCGAUUACAGAUCUGGGGAUCUAAGAGUUAAUUCCCAUGAAAUGGAUGUUCGAUCUGAUGACGGGAAUAAUUGUGGUGUUUUUAAUAGUCUAAUCCCGAAUUUUCCGAUUGGUGAGAAAUACGGCUUCUCUGAUGAUCCUAGCAACACCUGUGCCGGAAUCGAUUGUUACGCAACCACGACCCAUCCGCCGCCUCUCUACCACCGGCGAGUUAUUUCAGAUGACGUAUUUGGCUUGUCUGACGUGGAUCAUCAAUAUCCGUUUCAGUGCUUCUCCGACCAUUAUGCGCGGCUUGGCGGGGGUCAGGCCGAAUCUUCGUCUCGCUUUGACACAGGUUUCAACGUGUGCCAGAAGGAAGCUAUGGUCCGUCCAGUCACUCCAGUGUCCCGAGGUGAUGAAGAUUCCUAUGGCCGGCAAUUCCUUUAGCAUAUGAGGACAUGCUGCAUGCAUCAGCCAGGAACCGAAGAUGAUAAUUUCAUUACCUUAAUUAAUUACUUUCAGUUUCUUGUUUCAAGUGGAGCUAGCUAGCUGCGCUACUUACAAUUACAUUGUUGUAUUAAUUAUACUGUAGCUAGGCCAGGUAAUAGACUUGAUUCAAUUCGUAUCUUUAUUUUGAUGAAGAAAACAGUGUUAUGAAUGUGUUU